AUGUCGCCUACACAGAUUGAUAAAGCCCCAGAACAAUUCAAAUUGGUCCAUGUGACUGAGCAAGAGAAUAUUAAUUUCACUAGAUAUCAAAACAGUCUUGCUUGGAAAGGAGCAUUAACUGAGGACGAUUACGUCUUGAGGGAGUAUGUGUUGAGCAAAUCGAAAAUCACAUCUUCUGGGAACAACAAGCUUUAUGUAUUUAUGUUGAAGUCUACAUUUGAUAAUGAACCACUUUGCUCAAUUGAGAUGCUAGUUCGUGAUAGUUUGAAAUUUGAAUACGAUAACGAUGGUGCAAGAGUUAGAAAGUCACUGGUGUUGAGUGGAUGUAUUGGUGGUGUUUUCACUUAUCCCCAGAAGCGCGGUAAAGGGUAUGCUAGAAUCAUGGUUGACAAAUUGGUGCAAGUUGCCAAGCAGGAUAUUGUCGGUCCUGAUGGGUUUACGUUUUUGUAUUCCGAAAUUGGUGAAUAUUACGCCAAGAAUGGAUUCAAGUCGUUCCCCGUUGACUUGAUCGAUAUUUCAUUGAGGAAUGUUUCACAGGUGGAACCACCACAAGUGGAAUACGAGUUGAUUGAAUACCACCAGUUUCAAGAGUUGAUGGAUCAGUACAAAAUUUAUUUCGAACAAGAUGUCAUUGCUAAAGUUGAACAAGAUCACAAGAGUCGGGUAUCUAUCAAUCCCACAUCUGAUUUGGUUGAUUGGUUUCAUUUGAGAGCCAAGUUUAUCACAUACAAGUUAUUCCAUGAACAACAGGGACACGUUGUAGAUUUCAAAAAGGAGUAUGACACGAUCAAGGAUAGCCUCGUUCACGAACCAAAGGUAUUUGGCUUGCAGUUGAAACAGAAUGGACAAGUGACCGGCUUCAUUAUCUGGACCAUUGAUUGGUCAUCAGAGACUGCACAGGACAAUUACGCCACCAUUUUGAAAGUAGUUGCAUUUGACAACCAAGAUCAAACCGUGGUCGAUUUGAUUCAAUUGGCAAUACACCAUUUUGUUCAUUACCCUGUACUUGGGAAACCAACUACAAACGUCAAACUCUGGGAAUCAGAAAUUAAUGACGCAGUUAAACGUCACCUUGUUGAGCGUUGGUCAGCUGAAACUGGUAUUGACAAUUCAUCGAGGUCUGCUAUUUUGAUGAAUAAUCCUAUCGAUGAGGAGCGGUUGAUGAAGGGAGAAUUGGUAUGGGAAGAGAAUACCAAGUUGCCUUGGUUUUAA